GCUUGCUGUAAACCAUGACCUUGGAGAGACUCGUACGUCAAGUGUGUUCCAGAUGUCAGAAGUUUCAUAGCUGUGCCCUCAGAGUAAGAUUCUGGGGAAUAAAAAAAGAGAACCAGAAGAGCAGCAAGGCACUUGGAUAUGAACGCCAAACGUUGCUUAACAUUGUGUAGUAGAACAGACAGAGUGAAAUGAAGUCAAAGGCCCCAUAUUAGAGAAUGUAGUAAUAAAGAACAAUGAGUUGUGAUGUUUAACAAGUUGGAGUAAGCUCACAUGAAGGAGGGGAAGUCAAGGUUGGCACAAGGAAAGCGGCUUAUUAGAAGGGAGUGUGCAUAUAGAGGGUGAAGUGUUAAGAAUACUAAUGACCAUAGAUUUUAUUGUCUGAUUUUUUUCUUUCUUUUCUCUUUUCGUCCAUGCGAUGCCAGCCACACAAUCUUAGUGUAAAAGUCCUAGUUAGAAUGUCAUAGGUUGUCUUAGUAGAAUAGCUAAUCCAGCAUAAUAUUGGAAACAUGAGUCUGAGUGGUGAGCGUAGGAAGACAAUCUAUAUCACAGAUUGAUUGACUUAUUCUCAAUCAUAAAGAGCCUGAUACAUAAAACAAUUUUCUGCCCCGACAAACACGAGUGGAUUGAAGUCAUCGCCCUCACCAUCAAUGCUUGCUAGUCAGUUACUCCACCCUCCCUCCUUUUGUGAUGUUAGGCUCAUUUUGUAUGUAUGUCAUACCUCACACAAUCCUCUGUGUUUCACAACCCGUUGGAAAACACUAUUUCUAUCAGUACCGUUUUACAAGCUUAUCAGGCAGUUACAAGUUAUGGAGUGUGGGUAGGACAUCGAUGCAGUGCUUCUAUUGACUAUAGUAUAAAGUAUAGUUUGCCAAUCAGAGCAUAAGCACUCAGAAGGGUAUAAUGUAGGAUGGUUGUUUAUUAAGGCAGGCGGAAAAGUAUGUGAGUUGUAGAUAAGGUAACGAGUGGAGAAAUAAUAUUAAUUGCUAGUCAACAUAUUGUACAGAUGAGUAAAAAGCUAAUACAGGAUAAACAGGAAGAAACUCACAUUAACUUGGUGCUGAUGUUAUUCUGUGUUGCCGUAAGUAGUUGAUUGGUAACAGACUCCAUAGAUGCAAGACCACUGGCAGUAGGCAGUCGAUCGUGCGAUCCUCUUGACUUUUUAGGGUGGUAGUGAGUGUCCUUUUAGCGACCGAGCUUAGUUGAACUGUAUCGAUAGGUCCAGUGAGCUACCCGUCUACUUCAAGUGAAGGAAUAGGGUGGAAAAAGUAACUAAUAUAACUGCAAAGUAGGAAAUAUAAGGCAAACUGAACUUGAAGUCCAUUUUGAUCUAGACAUGUAGAGAGCCUAUGAUGUCUGAGUGGGACGCAGAUGUGUUCGUGCGUGCUAAAUCAGUGCAAGUGAGGGCUUGAUCAAGCAGUUUUACAAACGUAUGUAAUUCAUCUGGCAUGCUUAUUUCGGAGGGAAGACUGUUCCAUAUUAUUGCAUACUUGGUGAGGAAGAAGUCUUCCCGUGUUUUUGAUCUGUAUUUCUCGAUUUUGACGGUAGAUGCUUUGUUUCGAAGUUCGUAUUCAUGUGAAUCUCGGGCAAGAAUUAUCUUGCAUAUUGAAUAAGUAAGGUUCUUGAGUGGUUUGAAGUAAAGAAUCAAAUUAAACCUAAGCCCUCUCUCCCAAAUGGGUGCUAUUCCUAAGACUUGGCAUCGGGAACUGUAUUCAAUGACUGAGUCAGUUUUAAAUAUUUUGCGGGUGAAGUCUCGUUGUAUUCCUUUCACCUUUAGUAUAUCAGAUAGGCGUAGGUUGGAAAAUAAGAACGAGCAGAUCUUGCACAAACUUUAUGAAGAAGGAUUUUAUAUUCAUUUUGAUAGAAAUUACGGAGAAUGAAUUCAAGCAAUUUCCGCAUUUAAGAUGCUUUGGCUGAGAUGUGUUCAGAGAAAAUAAGACUGUGUGAUCAGUGUACCCCUAGGUCAGUUACUGAUGCCAGUCUGGGCAGUGUGUGAUUUCUGAGUGUUAGUUGUGUUUUAAGAAACGUGUUUCCUAUACGUGACCAGCCGCACUUCUCUAUGUUGGGCCCUAACCUUUAGCGUUUGCACCAGUCGUCUACCAUGUUGAGUUCAUUUUGGAUUGUUUGCAUAGUACUACGUACAUCGCAAAUGUUAGUUUUAUAGAUGACUUUUAAGUCAUCGGCAUAGAGGUAGGUCUUACCUAUGCUAAAGCACUUGCAUAUAUUGUUGGUGUAGAUUAUAAAGAGCAAUGGACCGAAGAUACUACCCUGAACAACACCACUGGUUAUUGGUCGAGGUGUAGAUGUUGUAGAGUUAGUCUUUGUUAUUUGAUAUCUGUUCGUAAGAAAAGACUUAAUCCAUUGCAAAAAAGGAUUUAUAAUUUCAACUGACUGAAGUCUGUUCAUUAGAAGAUUAUGAGGUACCAUAUCAAAGGCUUUCUUAACAAAGAAAACGGAACUUUAGUUGGAAUUCCUCCUCUCUGUUGUUGUUUUUCUGUUCUUUUAGUUAGCCUACGAAUACAGAUGCAAUUGGAGAUCAACAUAUACAGACAGUUUGCCUGUUAACAAAACAGCCUCCAAACUCUUGCGACGCGAAGAUGGAAGACACUUAUAGAGUUACAUAUAUUUCAUUGCGCAUUGACCUUACUUUGACUGCUAUCUAAUUGGUUGUGACUACGGAGGACGUCCUCUUCAACUAAUUUCAAUAUACUUGACAACUAUUUGCGCACCUAUCGUCUAUUAGCAUUUACCCAACAUGCUCACUGACCAUAUGCGAUGACAAGACAUGGCUUCGCACUUACCAUCUAUGUCGUUAAAAUCCAGCACUAAAAAUUUUACUUGUAACUCCCGCCUUAAAUACCAGUUCAGUGAUAUUUCCAGCUAGUUGUUUCCAAAUAUGGGCUGACUUGUUUUCUUUAGUUUUUCAUCCAGCAAAUAAAUACGUAUAUUUUUUUGCUGAAUUCUCUACGUUUCCUAUACUCCAUUACACCAUAAUCCCAAAAUCUUCCGGAACUACCAGUGAACGGCAGACCAAUCCUAAAAACCCAACUAUACUUUAACAUUACUCAAAUUUGACUAGUAUAAGACUUGAUUAUCAACUUACUACAAUUUUUGAUAUCCUGAAAAAUGCAGAAGAGCCUUUUGACAUUCUUUACGCGUUCCCCUAAACCUUUAUCUGAAAAUUCAAACAAAAUGUGUCCAGAAUCCUCAAAAGGCACAAACUCUCCAGUUGUAUGCCUGAGACCACCCACUGGACACGAUGAUGAAAUUAUGUCCAGCCCCACUACUUCGUCCUUUAGCAAAAGACGACGGGUUAUCAUCGAGUCCAGUGAUGAUGAAGAUGAGGCCCCUGCUCUAUCAAAAGAUAAGGCAGAAGCGGUAAAUAAACAUGAUUUGUCAAAGUAUUCAUUCUCCCCGCAGCCGGUCAGACAAAAUGGCGAAAAGAUAAACGAGGCGGCAGACGAAUCUCCUCUAGAAAUGAGUGUAGUCGCGCAGGUCAAUGAGGCAUUUGAAGAUGAAACUGUUUCGUGGACUCACUUAAGCCUUCCAUUUUUGGAACCCUCUAAAAUCAAAGAUAUCAACGGUCGAAGGCCCGAUCAUCCAGAAUAUGACUCACACACAUUAUAUGUCCCAGAGGAGUUUAAGACUAAACAAACUCCUGGCAUGCGGCAGUGGUGGGAAUUAAAGUCGCGAUACACCGACGUAAUUCUGUUUUUUAAGGUUGGAAAGUUUUAUGAAAUGUACCACAUGGAUGCUAUGAUUGGCGUAAAGGAGCUUGGUUUGGUGUUUAUGAAGGGGAACUUUGCACACUGUGGAUUUCCUGAAGUGGCUUUUCCUCGUAUGGCUGAUCAGCUUGUCCGUAAAGGUUAUAAGAUUGCUCGCAUUGAACAAACGGAAUCAAUUGAUGCUAUGAAUGAACGAUGCAAACGAAAAUCUUCAAGUGAGAAGGUUGUGCGAAGAGAAGUAUGUCAACUUAUAACACCAGGUACUUGCACAGCCAGUACGAGGUCAGAGAUAUCUGAUGUAAAGGCUGUGGAGACUGGUGAUGUUGAAAACGAUGACGAAAGCUUUAGGGAUUUGAUAAACUUAUCCAAUCCUGAUUCAUUUUUACUUGCUGUUGUAGAAUCGCACGGUAAUAAAAGUUACCCUUUUGCUUUCGGAAUAGGUUUAUUGAAUGCAUCCACUGGCAAAAUCAAUAUUGGUCAGUUUUUAGAUGAUCGUCACUGUUCUCGAUUACGUACAUUUUUAUCCCACCAUCCUCCUAACCAGUUACUAAUCGAGCGUGGAACUGCAGGAGUAGCUAUAAAAUCCUUGAUAAAAACAUCUCUUUCAUGUGUUCCAACUGAGUUUCUAACGCCAACGAAACAGUUUUGGAGUGCAAAGAACACUGUCCAUGAGUUGGAGACAGCUGAUUAUUUCCCAAAACGGAUGUCCAACAUCACCGUUGAUUCGAACCAUGUCUCCAAAGUAUCUUCGUUCCCUGACAAGGAAAGUUGGCCAGAUGUUCUCUUAAAUAUGUUAUCCGAAGAUGAUCCACUAGGACGUACUGUAAAGUCAGAGUGGGAACUAGCAUUUCGGUGUCUUGGUGCACUUAUUUACUACUUACGUUACUGUUUGAUUGAUCGUGAAGUACUAUCACUGGGUUUCAUUGAUGUAUACGUACCAAUAGAUAUGAAGAAUACUAACUCUCAAAGAAGUCCUGGGUCUAUUGAAUUAUUUUAUGAUACACAGUCUCAGAUGGUUUUGGACAGUAUUACAUUAUCUAAUUUGGAUAUCAUACGAAACAAUGUAGAUGGUUCUCAAGAAGGUUCUUUGCUGCAACGUCUCAAUACUUGUUGUACCUUCUUUGGACGUCGUUUGUUGCGUCAGUGGAUAACUGCUCCACCAUGCAACCCAAAUGUUAUUAGACAAAGACAACUGGCAAUUGAAAAUCUUAUUUCUAUCAGUGACAUAAUUCCUAAACUUCGAGACAAAUUAGCUCAGUUGCCUGAUUUAGAGCGUCUUAUUACAAAAAUUCAUUUAUUGGGUUCUAAAGGUGAUAAAAACCAUCCAGAUAGUAGGGCAAUCAUAUUUGAAGAAGUUCAAUAUUCAAGAAAAAAUAUUACUGAUUUUGUGGCUACUUUAGAUGGUUUCGAAUUGAGCUAUAAAAUAAUUCAUGAAAUCAACCAUUAUUCAUUAAGCUCCGCAUAUUUGAAAAAAUUAGUAACUUUAACUAGCCUGAGCGGCAACUUUCCUGAUAUCAGUGAGAAAAUAAAUUAUUUCAAAAAUGCUUUCGAUGCUGAAAAAGCUAAAAAUGAAGGUCGAAUCAUUCCAGAACCUGGUAUAGAUCCUGAAUAUGAUGAGUCUGUGUCGGAAAUCAAAAGGAUUGUUGAGGAUAUGGACAGGUUUUUAUUAAAAUGGAGCAAAACAUUCGGCACACGGCUUGCAUAUUGGGGAACCGGUCGCAAUCGUUAUCAGAUUGAAAUCCCAGAAUCUUCAGCAUCUCGUGUUCCCAACUCAUGGCAGUUAUCUUCACAGCGAAAAGGUGUCAAACGUUAUACUUGUUCAGAGACCCAACGAUGGCUAAGCGAGUUAACUGCUGCUGAGGAACGAAAGGACGCUAGUCUACGGUCGAUAAUGCAACAUAUAUUUUCAUCGUUUAGUGAAUCAUUUACCGAGUGGCAUAUGGCUAUGUCUUGUUUAGCUGAAUUAGACUGUCUAAUUACUUUAUCUUCGUACAGUACAAAUGCCUCUGAUGUGAUGUGUCUUCCAGAAUUUAUUGAUCUAAAUUCAUCUACUAAACCAUUACUGGAAAUAGUUGAUGGAAUUCAUCCUUGUCUAAUAAAUACAUUUUCGGGUGGAGAUAUUAUUCCAAAUGAUAUAAAACUUGGUACAACAUCAUCGAUGAUAUAUUCACCAACACAACAUCAUACGUUACGUGAUACGUUUAACAAUGUUUCUGUUAUUCUUGUUACUGGUCCUAAUAUGGGUGGAAAAUCAACUUUGAUGAGACAAGCUGCUUUAUUAGUUAUACUAGCACAUUUAGGUUGUCGCAUUCCGGCCAAGUCAUGCAAACUGACUCCUGUGGAUCGGAUAUUUUCACGCCUUGGUGCAAGUGACAGAAUGCUUUCAGGUGAAAGUACGUUUUUGGUGGAGUUAUCAGAGACAGCAUCUAUUUUACAUCAUAUCACUCCUCAUAGUCUUGUUUUGAUGGAUGAAUUAGGUCGUGGAACUUCCACUCACGACGGAUCAGCCCUAGCAGGUGCAGUUGUCUCUUACUUAGCUAAACCAAAUGGGAGAUUUUUCAAUGGCUCUGGCCCUAGGACUCUGUUUUCAACGCACUAUCACAGCUUGGUAGAUCAAGUUGCUAACACAGACCCAUCUACUUCCGAUGAAGAUAUGAACCAUCUAUGCAUUGGCCUGGGUCACAUGUCUUGUAUGGUUGAAGCAGAAUCAGAGUCAACGAAUGAUUUAGAAAAUAUCACAUUUUUGUAUAAAUUUAUUCCUGGUGCAUGUCCAAAAAGUUAUGGCUUCAAUGCAGCUCGUUUAGCUAUGCUACCUGAUAAGGUUAUCCGACUUGGUUUAACCAAAGCGAAGGAGUUCGAAAAAACCACUGCAACAUUUGCAUGUCUGAGGACAUUAUUGCAAGGGCAGGUUACACUGGAGGACCUAAGACAAUGGAAUUCUAAAUUAAAAACAUUUUUAUAACAUAAAAACAAUACCUUGAAAAUCAUAUUCAUUCAACUUUUAAAUGACACGUCUUAGAUUUUAUUACCAAUACAUAUCUACUUCCCACUUUCCCUCAUUAAAUAAUCCAUAUUUUUAUA